UGUGGAACCCUGGAAGGGGGAUGGUAUGGGCCGGCCGAGUUGGGCCGAGAAGAGUCAGUCCAAUAGGGUCCAGUCCAGCAUGCGUUUGCCGCCGGUCGCCGCCGCACACAAAAGUCAAAGAGGAAUGAUGGGAUGCCUUGCACACGGCGGCCCCACAUGGCAGGGUGGUCUACAAAGGCCAGCUAGGCACGGAGCAGCGAAUUCAAAUUUGCAGCGCCUGCGCCUCCCUCGCCGGCGAUCACCACGUCCGCCGCCGCCUCGCUCGUGCCCGCUACGGGAGCAGGCCAUGAAGCUUAAGAUCAAUAAGGCGUGCGACCUCGGCUCCAUCUCCGUCCUCCCUCCCCGUAGGACCGGAGGGAGCGGCGGCGCCGGCGUGGUGGGCGCGUCGGGUUCCUCCGCCGCGGCCCUGGCGGGGUCGCAGCAGCAGCAGCAGCAGCGCUCGCAGCCGCUAUCGCAGCAGUCCUUCUCGCAGGGCGUUGGGGGAAGCGGAGGCGGGUCGUCGCUCCUGCACUCGCAGUCGCAGCUCUCGCAGGGAUCCCUCGACGAUAGCCUCCUCAGCCUCCACCUCGCGUCUCCCACGCGCGAUCAGAGAUUUGGGUUACAUGAUGACUCAUCAAAGAAGAUGCCUUCGUUGCCUGUCAACUCAGCUUCUUGUGUGCGAGAAGAAUCUCAGCUGCAACUGGCAAAAAUAUCAAGCAACCCUGUCCAUCGAUGGAAUCCUUCUCCUCCUGACAGUAGAUGUCAGGUUCCUAAUGAAGAUGUUGAGCGCAAAUUUCAGCAUCUGGCAAGUUCGGUGCAUAAGAUGGGGAUGGUACUCGAUUCGGUGCAAAAUGAUGUUAUGCAGUUAAACAGAGCCAUGAAGGAAGCAUCACUAGAUUCUGGAAGCAUACAGCAGAAGGUGGUUGUCCUAGACAAUUCACUGCAGAAAGUUCUUAAGGGACAAGAUGAUCUCAAAGCACUUUUUGAGAGCAGCACCAAAAGCAUUGCUGAUCAGCUGAGUGUUCUGAACUCCCAUUCCCGCAAACUGGAUGAGAUAUCCUCGACCCUUUCAGUCUGGCCGAAACAAAUAGAGAUAGAUUUAAGGCAACUUCAAAGUGACAUCUUCAGAAUUUUUGCAAAAGAGAUGGAGGGGAUUGUUAGAGCUAUCAGAUCUCUCAACAGUAGGCCUGCUGCAAUCCAAAUGCCAACAGACCAGAGCUGCAUGACCAAUGGAAGGCCACUGAUGAACCAACUACCACUAGUAAAUGAAAGGUCCCAGGUGAACCAAACACCAGUAGCAACCCGGGUGAGCCAAACACCAGUUGCAAUCAUGGUGAACCAAACACCAGUAGCAAGCUUGGUGAGCCAAACAGCAGGAGCAAAUGGAAGACACUUGGCGAGCCAAACACCAGCAGCAAAUGGGAAAACUCUGAUGAACCAAACAUCAGUAGCUGAUGGAAGAUCCCUGAUGAGCCAAACAACAGCACCAAAUGGAAGACCUGUGAUGAGCCAGAGACCAGCAGCAAAUGGAAGGUCCCAGACGAACCAAAUACAUGUAGCAAGUGGACAGCCCUAUACGAACAAAAUACCAGCACCAAAAGUGCAUCCUGCACCUUUGGCUUGCCCCGCAAAGGUUGCAGAUCCGAAGUUGAAGGUAGAAGAGGGAAAGAUGAAAGCGCUUCCCCAAAGGUUGACCGGUGGUUCUAGAAGCAGGGUGGUACCUAAACAGGAAGAGGUGCCAACUACAAAGGUCACCCGGAGUGUGGCAACUAAGAAGGCACCGCCGGCCUUGAUAAUCAUCGACUCUGAUGAUGACAGCGAAGGUCGCGUCUCCUGCGUGAUCCUCAAGUCCUCAGAAUCAGGUGACAAGGAGUGCGACCUGAUGAAGGAAGCCGCGGAAGAGAGCCAGCAGAUCCUGCGGAGGGCCAGGAAGCGGCGGAGAAGAGAGAUGCUGCAGGUCAUUGUGCCUGCCGCCGCCUCGCCUAAUUUAUAAGGUAAUCCAACGACAUGACAAACGAUACAGAGGCGGUGAGUAAGGAGUGUUUUAGUAGAUAAUGAUAUAGAGAAGUAGAUAAAAAUUAAGACGAGUUGAGGCCCAUGGACAGAGUUGCGUGGUGUGGUGUGGUGUGGUGUGGUGUGCUUCUUUACCUUUCCCCUUGGUUUGUUUAUGUAACUCAGCGCAUGCACUAUUGAGGUGUGUCACCGACAGACAGUGUUGUAUGGGUGCUCGUGAACAAUGGGAUAGAGAUUUACCUUACCCCUUUUGAUCGUAUA